CUGCCUGUCAAGGAUGAGAACAUCAAAUACCUCUGCCAUUGGCCAUGUGUUUCGGGACCCAUUAGCUCCAGCCUGGCGCUGCCCGCCUCCGGCUUUACGCCUCUGCAGGAGGUGCCCUUCACCGUGGAGAUCGACAACCAAUCGCCGCACUACGAUAUUAUUGCCUUGGAGGUGUCCAUAAAACAGCACUUCGUCUUCCUUUCGCGCAAGCCCGUCAAGCGCAAUUUCUACACGAAGACCCUCUGCAAGGAGAUCGUCACGGAUCGCACCCUGCGCCUGUCCAAGCGCAUGUACGAGUCGAGCAUUGUUGUGCCCAUGGACACGCCCCGCUCCACGCUGAACCCCAACUACAUUGUCUUCCUGCACUACACGCUGCAGGUGAAGCUGAAGACCGGCUACUUCCACUACGACACGGAUCUCUCCGUGCCCAUUGUGGUGGGCACGACGCCACUGCAGCAUCUGCAGGCCAGCACCUGCACCCGGCAGCCGGGUCGACGCACGCCCACGCCGGAGCGCCAACGCCUCAUCGAGCGGGUACAGCCACGCCCCGCCACGGUCCAGGAGGAGACGCCACAGGAGGCGGCUGCCGAGGAGAUUCAUCAGACGCUGGAGGACGACGAGCCGCCCUCGUAUGACAGUUGCUUGCCGCCUUCGUUUAGCUUCGCUACUCUGGCUGGCAGCCAGCAGACGUUGGAGAGCCAACCGCGCAUACAUCUGCCCAAAUUUCCGGGCUUU